AUGCGCCGAGUCAUACCCAUAUCCAGUAUACCCCCAGAUUUAGACGACAACUUGAGAGAAGAGAAGAAAGGAAACCCACAGGAUGAAGGAGAAUGGAUAAAGCAUACUCCCCUCGCAUCUAGGAAAACUCUCUGCAUUAACCCUUUCGUCCGGUCUCUGUCUUCUGCCACGGCCAUCAAUGAACGGUGUCUGGAGAUACAACGCCCCAAUGUAGCUGCAGAGCACAAGUGCCCCUAUCUCCCUACCAAGGAUAAUGAGCUCAAGACCUCUCAGUUCCAGGACCAUUUACUCGCUCGAGUUAACGAUAUUGAAGGCCUACCGCCCCUAGGCACCAAGAUGGCCAUAUGCCCGUACUACGCAUCUCGUACGGCCAUGAGAGCUUCUGCCACAGAAGUAGUCACACUGCCCUACCCCCUACUAUUACAACAGUCAGCCCGCGAAGCACUCAACCUCUCAGCCAAGAAUAGUGUCAUCGUUAUCGACGAAGCACAUAACCUCGUUGAUGCAAUUGUCAAUAUUCACUCUGUCACCGUCUCACUAUCGCAGCUGAGGACAGCCCUGGCUCAGAUUACCACGUACGCUAGACGGUUCAAGUCUCGCCUAAAGGGCAGAAAUCGAGAAUACAUUGCCCAGCUUAUCAGGCUGGUUGGAUGUAUGGUCUCAUUCUUGGAUGCUGCUGGGCAGGAUGACAGACCGGAUGCAGAGCUAACGGUGCAGGAUAUCCUUGGUGGUGGAAAGGGAAAGGGAGGUGUGGAUAUGAUCAACCCGCAUAAACUAGGCAUGUACCUGAGAGAAAGCAAGCUUGCUAGAAAGGUAGAUGGAUACAUUGAACAUACAGCCACUCAGGCCAAUGGUGAUGAUGGAGGUGGCAAGAAGGCAGACGGCGGUAUGCCUGUGUUAUUUCAUGUGCAAAGCUUCCUCCUUCCGCUCAUGGACCCUUCGGAUGAAGGACGCCUGUUCUACGAGAAAGUUGGCGGUGAUGUACAGAUGAAAUACCUCUUACUUGAUCCUACUAGCCGAUUCAAGGAGCUUGUCGAAGAUGCAAGAGCAGUUAUACUUGCUGGAGGAACCAUGGAGCCAGUACGUACCCUUGUCGUCCCUGAAAAUGAUCGAUCCUGA